AUGCAAGACCUGGACCAGGACCCCGACACCGAGAAGAGGAGGGAGCGCGUACCCGUGGAUCGCCGCACCUCAAUGCCCGUUCCGGAACCACUCACCCUCCGACCGCACAUUCUUCAAGACAUCCAUGAGCAUCCUCCAUCGCGCUCAAGCUCCAGUUCGGACGACGACGACGACGACGACUCAGGCCGCCCGAGGGUUGAUCGGCACGCGUCAGUGGCCCCAGCGUAUCCUGUUAUCCUGGGUCGGCGGAGGACGAAAUACGUGCGUUUGCCACUCCUCAUGCGCCCGUUGUUGGACCCACACGGGGCGUGGUUACGGAUCGAGGAUACCGCUACCACUUGGUUGAGCUUGUUUUAUGAUCUGGCCGUUGGAGCUAUCCUCUCCGCGUUUAAUGGGAGCCAUGAGUUGCAGACGCCUGGGGAGAUGCCGAGCUACUUUGGGUACUACGUGGUCAUCGUGAGCCUCUGGACCACACAACUACAUUACGAUAUACGGUACGAGGGCGACGACGCCGUCCACCGCCUCCUCAAACCACUCCACCUCCUUCUAUUCGUCUAUAUAGGCGCGGCUUCGGGGGGAUGGGACCUGUCGCGCUUAACCGUCCCGACACUAGAGAUGAGCAGUACCGAAGCUGUCGCCCACUCUUUGGCAGGUGACAGUUUCCUAACUGUCGCAAUAGCUGUUGCGCUCCACCGUGCCCUCCUAGCAGCCCAAUAUGUCAUGGUGGUUGUGCUGGGAAAGAAGGCCGGCCGGCCUGUUUCCUCGCCAGCACUCUUUGCCGCCUCGUUUGCGAUUACCUGCAUCUUCGCCGUACUAGCCGCCACUAUCCCGGCUCGAAAUACUGGACUUGCUGCCGCCAAGAUCGUCCUCAUGUACGCUAGCGUACUUGUGGAUAUGGGGGCUAUUCUGGUUCAGGUCAUCUGGGGGGUACAAGUGCCAGUUAGGUGGCAUAGCGUUGCUGAGCGGUAUGGGAGUCUUACCCUCAUUAUUCUUGGACAGGGGUUUAGCAAUCUCACGACAGUCUUCCAGAACUCCCUUUCGGGGUUGGGACAGCAUGAUACGGCGACGUACGCGCAGGUGUUUCUCGCCAUCGGGGUCAUGUACGACCUCUGGUCGUUCCUAUUCGCACAUUUUCGCCAAGAAGUUCCCGUGGACGCUGGCCGCACAUGGCUAUAUGAAAUCAUCCACUUUCCCCUCCACUUCUCCAUGCUGCUGCUCCUCUUCGGCAUGGUCAACACGGUAUCCAUCAACAGCUUUGCCUUUGGUAUCGUCGACGCCGGCAACAUGUUCUUCACCGCCGUCUCCUACGCCCAGAACAAUCAACCCCUUGCCUCUCCCGCAAUCCGGAGAAUAGCCAUCAACCUAAACCGCCUAAACACGAACCCAGACUUUGAAGCCCAGUACACUAUAUUGCAGGGCAUGGCGAAUGGCACCAUCGCAGGCGAUGUGGAACUCGAGGCAUACACGUACCUCGCGCAAUUACUAUACGCAGCCUGCCAAUCGAGCAGUAUCGUUGUCGACAGUGAGGCCGAUGCCCUCCUCGGUCAGCUCUACCAGGUUGACCAGAACGCCACGGCUGCUGGGUUUGAUAUCGAGGAAAUGCGGGUAUACGCCGCAUUCCUGGGAAUCGAGGCGCUCACAAGUAUCGUGCGUUCCGCCCUCAAACGGACGUUAUGGCUCUAUCCCGCCGCCGGAAUUACACUCAUUCUCUGCGCGAUGAGGAGCAUGACGCGGUACCACUUUAAAGGCGCGACACAUUGGGUCGUGCAUGGUCUCCAGUUGAGCGUCGGGACGUGUGUUGCCCUCCUGGGCCUACUUGGACUGGGAAGUGGCGACGUCAAGGUCAACUGGUACAAGGACGAGCUGCAAGUCUACCGACCGCUGUACAGUGUCGUGUUCCAGAAUAUGGCCCUCGCGAUCGUGUUUAUCGCAUACACAUCCGUUGUGCUUGGAGCUGCGAUGUGGAUUGAGGUCACCGAGCACAAGGACAAGUUGAAAGAGUGGUGGCGGAAGCGGUUCGGAAAAUCAACCCCAGCCGAAGACGAGGUAGAAGAGGAGGCGUCAUAG